UCCAAUUUCUUCUGCACAAUCACAAAAUCCAUGUUUGCUCAACCAAUAUCUAUAUACAAAUCUAUGUAUUGUAUGUGAUAUGUGUAUGUAUAUGCAGUGAGUGGUGGAGUGGGGAUGGGAUUGUUGAGAAGACUAUGGCUGAUUCUAGGAAUUACGAGAAAUGGAGAGCAGCGGCACCAUCAUCACGACUCCGCUGCUGCUUAUGUCAGCAUGCCCCGUAAAGACUUCAGUACCCCACUCGAGCGGGACCAAAACCCACCCCUUCUCGUAUUCUGCCAUGCGGGGGAUGGGGGAGUUCAGGGUUUGAGAUGGUAUGCGAGGAACCUUAGAAUAGAUGAAGAUGGAGAUGUUGCUGAUGAGUUCCUUGAUGAAGUUUCUCCAAAUACGCGAGAAAACAUCGGAGAACAUAUUAGAAAAUUACCAAGAUUUGAAGUGAAGUAUAGCACUAGACCUGCUAAGGUGGUGAAUCAGGCACUCUUAGCAAAUGGUAAAAUUCAACAGCAUGUGGAGUACCAGGGCAGAUUGGAGUGGGUGUAAAUGACUCUUUUGAAGCUAUCAGCUUUUUUUAACUUUAUUAUUAUUCAUUUUACCAGACCAUUUUUUCAUUGGAUUGUUGGCCCCCUACUAGUUUCUUAACACUUUCUUUA